UCCGACGUUGGGAAACCACUGAUCUGUUCCGGGCUCCUCGGGAAACUUCUACGAGGAGCGAGAGAAGGAAGUUGCAGCCCAUGUUAGGAAAUGUUCUCCCUGGGGCGUUACUGUUCGCCGGACGGCUCCGAGCGCUGAGCGCACACGGGAUUCGGUCUUAGGCGUGGAUCGUCAUCACAAUAAUAACAGUAGUGAUAAAAAAAAAUCAUUCACCAUCAUGGCUCAAGCAAAAAUCCAGGCGAAAAUGAACGAAGCUCCCUGCAGCAAGUUCAGCAGGACGCUGUCCAUGGCAGAUCGCUCCGGACGACUCCUGGAAAGUUUGGAUCAGCUGGAAACCAGGGUGGAGGCUUUACGCGAGGCAGCAUCGGCCAUGGAGCAGGAAAGGGAGUGCAUCCUGGAAAUGAUUCAGUCCAUACAGAACAGUCAAGAGAUACGCAACAUCUGUGCUGGGGAGAGAGAGGAGUUAAAUUUAACCGCCAAUCGUCUAAUGGGCCGAACGCUGUCUGUGGAGAUCUCUGUUGGCACAAUCAGAAACUCCCAGCAGGAGGAGGCGCUGCAAAAGGCCAGAUCUAUAAUAGAUGAAAUAGUGAAAAAGUUACUGGAUGACAUGGACGGUGGCCGGCAGCAGCUGCUGGCUCUGCACGCGGCCUGUGUGACUGAGGCGACGCCCGUCCCCAUCAACCAAAAGUUUCAGGCCUUAGUGAUCAGCUGCGCCCUGGAAGACCAGAAGAAGAUCAAGCAGAGGCUGGAGACUUUGUUGAGGAACGUCGAAAAUGCUGUAAAGAACAUCAAGAUUAUGGAUCACCAAAAACUGGAGGACCCGCAAGCCAAUGGCAGUCAAUAGGACGCGUCACCACAACAUAAAAUGUGACUUACAUGCUACUAACCUCACUCUGUCGUAACCCAGACCAGUCACUAAGGGACAAAUUACAGUGAUACCGAACUUUAGGGCCAAAAAUACAGAAAAGCACAUCUCACGAGUGAACACACAUUAUCAUUCACCCGGAAGGAAUAUUAAAGUGAUUUCUGUGCAUAAUCAAGUUUUAUUUUCACAUUAUCGUCAUAUACACUUACCCACUUAAUACGAAUCGUUUAUUAUUUAAAUCCACUACACCAUGCUUGUUCACAUACACACUUGAGACAGAAAAAGAUACAACAGCAUAGUUCCUCAUUGCAGGUUUGUUCAUUUUUCUUGGAAAAUCCAGUGCUGAAAAUCAACGUAUAAAUAAGUGACCAUAAUGUGUCAGUAUAUAGUCUACCAAGGUGAUACUGCAGUGUAAAAAGCAGUUAAUAGCUAUUUUAUAUCUAGGUUGCAGUCACUGUGAUAAGGAAAGUGACUUAUCCAACAUCUGGACUGAGGAUCAGCACAAGAGCAUCCAAAUAACAGUGAAAGAAUGUGCCUGGUGAGCACUGGUUAAGGUUAGAAAAUUGCUCAAUGAAUCCAGUGUUCAUUGAGUAUCUUUUUCUGUUUCACUGUCUCACCUUCUGGAUCAGGCACUUGGUUAAGAAUUUGGGGAGUGCAUACACUACCUCUUUGUGUGAAGGCAACACAAAUCACAUUAAGCUGUGGAUUUUAGUUCAUAUUUGCACAAAGCCGUUUUUAAUGUUAGAUUGUGUCAAAAAACUAAAUAAAAAAAACACUUUGACUAAUAAGUGAAUGUGUCAGGGGCGUCCUAUUGCUGUAACAGAUGGGAAUACAGUUAUCAGUUGGUUCUCUAUUCUACAGCCAGUAGGUUAUAACACCCUGAAUGAGCGCUUGUCUGCUGUCUUCUUUUUAACUAUCCAGUAACAUACACGAGUUAGUCUAUAGACUGUACGCUGUUAGUGUCAAAGAUAUUUUUAAAGUGGAGACGUAGCCAAAACAAUCACCUGCUGUAAAAAGCUAUACACAAAACAACAACUUCAACGGGGCAAUGGUAACAUAGUGCUAUAGUCACAUGCUAGUCAGCUAUAAACAUCUUAGUAAGUUUAACUAUAAAGUCUUAACUCAAGGCCCCCAUAUUAGCUUUUUAGGAGCUUUCAACCAUCUCGCAUGUUCUUCCUCUAUGGAGAGAGCUUGAGCAAACCCCACUUGCUGAUGAAGAAUGCGACUUGUUGUUGAAAGAGUUUGUUUUUUUUCUGUCAAACUAGUUUCCAGGGUCAAGACUAAACUUCCACGCCCAUCUAGGUUACUUGAUUAACUUUCAUGGGGAGCUGAACACCAUCUUUUAGCAACAUUUACACUUUUGUGAUUAUCUCGCCCUGUUAACUCUGACCAAAUGCAACUAAACAAAAUGUUUAAAUGUGAACUUUUGGUUUAAAGCUUGUAUUGACAGAAGAUAAUGGUCAUUUGAAAUUACACACUGGAUGCCGAAG